CGUGGUUCCCAAUCGGAGGAGGAAUACCUCGCUCUAUGCCUUCUCUCACUCGCCCGUCACGCAUCCCCUGCUUUCUCUCAUACCCCGCCCCCAACUCUCGAUCACAAGUGCUCCCUUUGUGCUAAAGCUUUCGCGUCCUACCAAGCCCUGGGCGGCCACAUGACCAGCCACCGGAAACCGAUCGGCGACAAUCGGCUCUUCUCCGGAUCGCAGCCCGCUGCAUCGUCGUCUUCUGAUGGUGCCAAGGGGCAUCAAUGUCUGAUCUGUUGGAAAACAUUCGCGACCGGACAGGCGCUUGGCGGGCACAAGCGUCGCCACUUUGACGGCACGAUUGGAAGCGCGGUCGGCAAGGGAUCGGCGGCGACGAGCGGUGUGUUUCGUGGAUUUGAUUUGAAUUUGCCGCCGGUGAUGGAGUUGGGGAGGCAGUGUUGGGGUUUAGAGGAUGAGGAGGCGGUGCAGAGCCCUAAUCCGGUUAAAAGGCCCCGCCUUUCUAUUAUUGCUUAGGUCUCAAUUCUCUCUUCUUUCAUGCUUCAAUAUGUGUACAAGUAUUCUUUGAUUUGUUGAUUUGUGUUGUGUUGUUUUUACUUUUAUUUGUAAUGUACAUAAGAUAUAUGUUAUAAUACAUUUAAUUUGAUUUAUAAAAAUGUGAG